UCAGUGAAGUUGUCUCUUUAAAGAGUGAGAAUGUAUUCAAGGAGGAAUCGCGCUCUCGAGGACUCACUGUGCCAGCAAGUUCCUCCUCUAGGAGACCAAGGCGGAGUGGUGGCGCCAAGCUGGACACCAAGGUGUGUGCUGCGCUUCCUGUCCCGCCUCGCCUCUCCCAACCAGCUUGGGAACGAGGAGGCUCGGACCUCCACACCCAGACCGGAACCUCUCAGGUCGGCCCCUGGCGUCCGCUCUCUGCUCUCUGCUCUCUUGGCUUCUCCUGUCCCGGCACCGGGGGUGCGCGGUGAUCCCGGAGCUGGGCGGGACAGGGAGUAGUAGCCCAUGUGAUCUGAGCAGGCGGCAAGCUGGGCAGGUCCUGUGCCACAGCUGCCUGGCUCCCUGCACACCGAGCAGUCUAGCUCAGUGCACCCUGACCGGACCCGAGCUUGGGGUUUGUCACUCAGAACCUAAGAGCAACGAGCAGAGCCCAGGACUCCUGGAGCCAGAGCCAGGGGCUGAGCGUCCCCGGGAGAGAAACUGGUGUGGCCUGGAUGAGGUGCAGAGAUGGGGAAAAAGCUGGACCUUUCCAAACUCACAGAUGAGGAAGCCGAGCAUGUGUGGGCCGUGGUUCAGCGGGACUUCGACCUCAGGAGGCGAGAAGAAGAAAGACUCAAGGGGCUGAAAGGCAAGAUACAAAAGGAGAGCUCCAAGAGGGAGCUGCUGUCGGACACAGCCCAUCUGAACGAGACCCACUGCGCCCGCUGCCUGCAGCCCUACCGGCUCCUCGUGAACAGCAGACGGCAGUGUCUAGAGUGCAACCUCUUUGUCUGCAAAGGCUGCAGCCACACCCACCCGGAAGAGCAGGGCUGGCUCUGCGACCCUUGCCACUUGGCCAGAGUUGUGAAGAUUGGCUCCCUGGAGUGGUACUACCAGCACGUGAGAGCUCGCUUCAAGCAUUUCGGGAGUGCCAAAGUGAUCCGGUCCCUCUGUGGGCGGCUGCAGGGUGGAGGUGGAUCUGAACCAAGCUUGGGAGAGGAGAGUGGAGACAGUGAGCAGACAGAUGAGGAUGGAGACCUGGGCUCCGAAGCCCAGGCCCAGCCCAGCAACAGCAAAAGGAAAAAGCGCCUGCUCUCCUUCCGAGAUGCGGACUUUGAGGAGGACUCAGAUCACUCUCUGCAGCCUUGCAGCCACAGCCGGGGCCUUUCCUCAGUCCCUGAGUCUACACACAGCCUGCAGUCCCUCUCAGGUGAGCCCUACUCUGAGGACACCACCUCUCUGGAGCCCGAGGGGCUAGAAGAGGCUGGUGCAGGGGCUGUGGAGAGUCACCCUGGUCCAGGAGAGCAAUCUUACAGCCCUUUACCCUCCGGAGAGGAUGCUCACACUGAACUGGACGAGCCCGGGGCAUCCUGCAAGAGAGCCCUGGGGACCACAGCUAUGCCUGGGAUAGAUGAUGUCAGGGACACACGGUUCCCCUCACAGUACCUGGCUGAUGUGGAUACCUCUGACGAAGACAGUCUUCAGGGUUCCAGGGCGGCCUCCCAGCAUGCCAAGCGGAGGGCCCGGGCUAUGCCUGAAACUCAGAUCUUGGAGUUGAACAAACGCGUGUUGGCUGUGGAGCACAUGCUGGUCCACCUGGAAAACGCAGUCCUGCCACCCUCCGUCCAGGAACCAGCUGUGGAACCACACCCCAGCGCUGAUACAGAGGAGGAGAUGCUCAGGCAGAGGCUGCAGGAGCUCACCAGCAACAUCAGCGAUCCGGGGACCUCGUCAGAAGAUGAGGCCAAGCCGGACACUCUCCACCCGGUGUCCCCAGAGGUGUGCACAGACACAGGACACGUGGAGACACAGGAAAGAAGCCCUCAGGGCCCUGGGAGCCCUACUCGGGCUACAAAGAGCCCAGAUGAAGAGCUGUCUGAGAUGGAGGACAGAGUCGCCAUGACAGCCUCUGAGGUUCAGCAAGCUGAGAGUGAGGUCUCAGACAUCGAGUCCAGGAUUGCAGCUCUGAGGGCAGCAGGACUCACAGUGAAACCUUCAGCAAAGCCUCGGAGAAAGUCAGGCAUCCCAAUCUUUCUUCCCCGGCUUACUGAGAAGCUUGACAGGAUCCCAAAAGAUCCACCUGCAGACCCUGAAGACCAAGCCAGCACACCCGAGGCAACCGCCGUGCCCAACCUCCUGAGGAGGAAGCAUUCUCCCAGCAGUCAAGGCGUACAAGGUGGUUCUUUUGACCGGAAGUCAGUGUACCGUGGCUCACUGACACAGAGGAACCCUAACGGGAAGAGAGGGACAGCCAGCCACGUCUUUGCGAAACCCGUGAUGGCCCAGCAGCCUUAGGGGGAGGCUCCCGGGCACGGGACAGUACCACAGAGUGCUCCCACGCUGUCUCCUUCACAUGGCCUUUCACCCCCACGGGCUCUGUGCUUCUCGAUGCUCACAGCUGCUUGUCAUCAUCACCCAGUGAGAAGUACGGACCUCCUGUGUGAGCCCACCUGUGAGCAGGCAGGCUCGGAGACCUCUAACUCUCACCGGAGCCAGGCCACCUGCCAGCCUGACCUGGGAGAUACAGACGAUGUGACUCAGUUCCCUGACUGCCAAAGGAUACUCAGACACCCUCUCCCUACGAUCCUUCAACCCCGUGCCUAGGCUCUGCUGCACCAUCUUCACAGAUGGAAUGGAAAGAGAUGGUUCCGUGGAGGCCCCGAGCCUGUAUACAUUCCUGACUGCGAGGGAGAGAGGCAGAUGCAAGCGUGUCUGUGGGUAUGAUAGCGAAUGAGGAGGGGUAGAGUCCUCACCCCCCGCCACAGACCUCGUUCUUCAUUUGUCCUUGUUGGGUCACAGGAGCAAAUAACACUGACCACCCCACACCCCAGCAUUUCCAGUGCCAUAACCACAUGGCACCCUCGGUGCCACACGGAAACCAAACCUCUAUCACAGACUUCUGGGGUACAUUACAUAGAGACCUCACUUUUUAGACGGUUCGUGCUUCAAGCGCAGGUUUCUAGCCCACACAGAUGACCGAUUUGGGUUUUAUCAAGAAUUCAGAUCUUCCAAAGCCAAGUGUGUCAGAGCCAGACUUACUGAUGACUACAUACUCGGCCUUCACAGCCACCCCACCUCUACAGGGAGGGAGGGAGAGGGCUCCUCCACUUCAGGCUGCCUCUUUCCCAUCAGCCUCCAUCAUGUUCCAGGAGUCCAGAGAACGCACAGGCCAGAGUCACAAACAUACGAGUGUCUUCUGAGAAUUAACUCCAGGAAGAAACCUCCACUCCUUCACAGAGGAGCUCCACAGCUAUUUCCUGUGUCCCAGCAAAGUGCCGCAAAACAAGCUAAUCGUGACCACAGGAAAUGUGUCCUCCGAAGUGUCAGAGGACAAAGGUCCAGUCAAGGAGUCAGCAGGACCUGCAGUUCUGAGGGGUGGGUGCCUCUGCCUGCUCCUGGGGACAGCCACACAGAUCGGCACGGCAGCGUGUUCCGUAUGAUUGCUGUAUGAACAGAGACAUGUGUGCUGAGAGUUGCAGUCACCCCAGUUGACCUUGGCUUCAGGUCAUGACCUUACGGUCCCCGUCCUCGCCUUCAUGUCUCCUGGCCUUGCAUGUCUCUGAAUGGCCGUCCUCUUCUCAGGACAGCCUUCCUUGAAUGCUGGUCCACCCUUACCCAGUAUGACUGCCUCAGUCAAUAUGCUUGCAAAGACCCUAUUUCCACAGAUGACUGUUUCCUGAGGUUCUGGAUGGGUGUGAACCGGGGAGAUACUAUCUGACCCACUACAAUCGUGAGAGUUCAAAGACCUCAAAACUUGGCAGUGUACCCCAAAUAGAAGGGUCCUCAUCGCUCUGAUGAAAGCCUGAGGAAGACCAGUGGGGGGCACUGGCCAGGGAGUCCUGUUCAAGCGGGGCUCCCCUCACUGCAAGGAACAGAAAUCCACUCACCUAGGACUGUGGGAAAGGCACAGAGCUUUCUCCUGCAGCCCAGGGACACAAAUGAUCCAGCUUCGUGGGGAAGGGGUACAGGUGAUGGGGGACACAGGCUCUGCCUCCCCAUGUAACCCUGUUCGUCUUGUCUGUCAGCUGUUCAGAAUUCCAGGCACUGUCCUAUGGUCAGGGGCUUGUCAGCCACAACUCUGUGGUUACUCCACUCUGCCAGCCACAGCUCACUCUUCCAGACCCCAGGGAACAGUUACUUAGGGCCAUCUGCUUCCUCAGAAAUGGCCACCUAAAGCAGCCUAUGCCAGAUGAGAAAUCCCUCUCCUGAGCCCAAAGCUGGUUCAGAGGUCCAUGGUUCUCCUGUCCUGACAUCCUUGGCCCAUUAAUAUAAGAUGCGGGAAAGACUCCCUGAUCUCCUGUCAACCCUCCGUGCAACCCAGUUCUCAUCUCUGAGGUACCCGGGUGAGGCCUGCAGCUCUGUGGGGUGCUACAACAGCAGUACAGGCCACACCCCACCGGCACUCUGCCACCUGCCUCUGGAACAUCUCCAGCCCAGCCAAAGCACCCCUCAAGUCUGCACACCCUUUGCCUGGUGUCAUCAAGUACUGGUGAGGAGGCUAGGCUGAGGACCAAGAUCCUUGUGCUGCCUCCCACGCUGCCUGCCGGCCCCCAGAGGGACAAUAUAUCCAUUCUACACUUUGGUGAAGCUACUUUACUAAAAGUAAAAUUCUACACAGAAAGCCGGGGGGGGGGGACCCACAAUAAUAUUCAGGGUACUCACUCCAGCUCCCAAAGUCUCACAGCAGUCCCCUUGGGCCCUAGGACUGAGCCACCUCCAUUUCCCAUAGGACGCACCUCCAAGACAGAAGCACGCUCCACCAUGGCAGUUGUCACCAAGGUGGGAGGCCAGACUUUCACCAUUGCUAAUGCCUCAGCUAGCCACAGAUAGAACCAAGGCACCAAGCAAAUGUUUACAGCUCCCAUGAGCCUGAUCUUUAGGCUGUGCCCACCUCCUUCUAGAGUAUUCUAUCAUAUCCACCUCUUACCAGAUCUCCCAAGGAGCCCUCUGACCAGAGAGCCCUUCUCCACGGAUGAGGCAGGCAGCCAUGCUUGAGAAAAUAGGUGUUGCAUUGACCAAGUGCCCAAAGAGUGAGGUGGCAGCCUGAAGCUCUUCCUGCAAGUCUGGUACCAGGUGGCUAGGAAAUGGUCCCAGGGAGCACGCCCGCUCUGCCUCUUCUCUGCCAUAGUUCCUUCAAGAAUGCUCGAUUGCACGUAAGUAGUAGUUCAUAUACUCUGUAACAACUGACACGCUCCACGUUGAGCGGCAGACUGAUGCAUGGCUGUCUUCAACAGCGCAGACCCACAGAUAUUUUAACAAUCCCAGGAGACAAUGAAAAAAGAACGAGGCUCAACACCCGCAAGCAGGCUGAGGCUACCCAGAGGGCUUAGGGGACUCACAAGAGUGAAAACCCACAGUGAAAACACUGACCUUUUCACAAUAUCUGGGCUCUUUUCUCUAUUUUUUUGUGUGCACCAAUUUCUUUCUCAUUGCAUAUAAAUUGAUUUUGCAGACAAAUAAACUUCCUUUUAAAAAGUU